GCUAACACGCCCUGUAGGGAGCACUUCUCUCAGACAUUAGCAAGGGAGCACGGCUGAAGAAAGUCACGCAAAUCAACGACCGAUCCGCCCCGAUAGUUGGAAAAGUAUCUAAUGGGCCCAGUGGACCGCCAAUUGGGGGAGCUCCGCCAAUUCCUGGCAUGGCCAAAGCACCUGCGCCGCCCUCGGGUCUUGCGCCACCUGUACCCGGAGGACGCGCGAGGAGUAAUAGCGAUACAGGCGGCGACGGAUCACGAGACAGUACAUCAUUAUCAAGCGCAGCACCGCAGCUGGGCGGCCUGUUUGCAGGCGGGAUGCCGAAGCUGAGGAAAGCAGGGGGAGUGAAUACAGGAAGAGUGAAUACAGGCGCCGAGAGCAACUCCCCAUACCUAUCAGACCCAGAGACAUCACGAAGCACAGCACCGAGACCGCCUCGAGCAGCAGCGCCGAAGCCACCAGGAGCAGCCCCCCCUAUCCCUGGAGGUCGCCCUCCGCCUGCGAUUCGAUCGCUCGCCAAUUUGAGGAACAACCUGCGUCCAUCGUCCAUGGUCUCGACAAUGUCAGCCCCCGAUAUUGGGUCAAAACCAAAACCUCCGCCUCCAAUUGGCAAGAAACCGCCCAUUCCUCCGCCUACCUCUCGAAAGCCAUCUGGCCUUGCACCACCCCCUCCAGCCUCACCUGCCCGACCUCCACCUCUACCUAGCUCAGUACCUUCAGCUCCCCCGCCACCACCGCCUCCUCCUUCAGGUAUACCAUCAGCUCCUCCCCCACCCCCUCCAGCUUCCGCUCCUCGGCCACCCCCGUCCCGCUCAACACCUCCACCUCCACCUCCCCCAGGCCCGAAAUCACAACCGGACGACGAAGAAUAUGAUCCAUACCGCUACCAGAACACCCCCAUUCGACCUCCACCCGCACCCGCUCCGAAAGCUCCCACAAAUGGUCACGGCCCCUCCCUCGCUGAACAAGCCGCCCGCAACGCAUUCGGCCGCUCCUCACCCGCCGCACCCCCGCCCCCGCCUCCUGCGUCCCCUCCUCCAUCCGCACCCAGCGCGCCCGCUCCACCACCUCCCCACUCCUCACCACCAAAUCGACCAGUAACCCAACCACCGAUUCGCUCCAUGCUCGACCCGUCGUCGUACACGCUCACGAAUGGCGGAGGUUCUGGUCUGAAGAGCGGCCCGACAAGUCCAGGAAUCAGUCCGGGCCAUGGUGCGGGUCAGCGGGGGAAAAUCGUGCCUAUCCAUGACUUGAGAUGGCGGUUUCAGGACGAAAGCCAGUUUCCAAAGCCCAGGGAAUUUGGGGGUGGGCCAAAGAGGUAUAGAGCUGGGAGGGGGAGUAGUGUGCCGUUGGAUUUGAGCGCUUAUGAGUAAGGUGGGGUUUGGAGGGAUGAGGUGGAAAUGGUUUGUUGGGGCUUUUUUUUUUUUUUUUGGUUUGGCUUGGGGAUAGGAUGGGUAGGGUAGAUUAGUGUUGAAUUUGGUUCGGCGUAAAGGAGCUUUGUCUGUCUGUCAUGGAGUGAGAAAUAGGAGGGACGGUGGGCAGGCCUUCUUCAAUUGCGAAGGUGGAUUCUUGUGUAUUGUUCAAAGACUUAUUCUAAUUGGACUCGAC